AUAUUAAAAAUGGCGACGUUUAAAAAGACAAACAUAAAAGUUUUUACAAAGGCGGGUCCGGAAUUAACACCUGAUAAUAUUUAUUGGAAAAAAUUUUCUGCGCCCGUAUUAGUCAAAGAAUUCGGGCCGAUCGACUAUAUCGAUUUCUCCCCAGCAGAGCCCUAUCAUUUCGCAGUAACCUGCUCAGUCCGAGUUCAGGUCUACAAUCCCAUCACAAAGCUCGUGACAAAGAACCUGAGUAGGUUCAAGGAAGCAGCAUACGGAGGAUCAUUCCGAAGAGACGGGCGACUUCUCUGUGCGGGCGGGGAAGAAGCGGCCGUCAAAUUAUUCGACGUCGGCACCAGGAGUCUCCUGAGAUUAUUUUCGGGUCACAGAGCGCCGGUUCACAGAACCUUCUUCACCGCUGAUGGAAUCCACAUCGCCUCCUUUUCGGACGACAAGACAACUGCCCUCUGGGACAUCCCGAGUGAAAAGCAGAUCCUCAAGUUCGAUGAGCACACGGAUUAUGUAAGAGCUGGAGCAGUUAGUCCCGUUUCUCCUGAUAUUUUCGUGUCCGGGAGUUACGACAAAACUGUCAAUCUCUACGAUGCACGAACUGGCAACAAGAUUUUCACCGUUAAUCAUGAUGCUCCGGUUGAGAGUGUCAUAUUUUUACCGUCUGGUGGAAUUGUCCUCUCUGCGGGAGGAACGGAAAUUAGAGUGUGGGACACACUGACGGGUGGCAAACUUCUUGCCAAAAUGUCGAACCAUCACAAAACUAUCACUUGUUUAACAAUCGCAUCACACGGCCACAAAAUUCUAUCAGGUUCUUUGGACAGGCACGUGAAAGUUUACGAUACGGGAACUUACAAAGCUGUUCACACCUUAGAUUAUCCCAAUUCGGUCCUCAGUUUAGGAAUUAGCUCGAACGAUGAGACGAUUGUGGCCGGUAUGGUCGACGGUCUGAUUUCUAUAAGACGCAGAGAAGACGACACGAAAGACGCGAAACAAGAGCGGAAAAAGGCCUCUUAUCGAUACGCUGGAGAGAAACUUCACGCGAGAAGCAUCGAUGUUUUGAUAAGAGAGGAGAACAAACAAGUGAUGGGAAAAUAUGAUAGUUGCUUGAGGAAGUUUCAGUAUUCAAAGGCUCUCGACGAAGUAAUGAGGCCCUACGUGACGAAUAAACAGCCGCAUGUUACUGUUUCUCUUCUCCAGGAGCUCACAAGACGUCAGGGUUUGAGGCAGGCUUUGGCAGGACGAGAGGGAAAGUCGCUCGUUACUAUUCUCAAGUUCUUGAUCAGACAUGUUGGGAGCAUCAGAUUUGGACGAGUCAUUCUGCAUGUUGCUAACGUCCUAAUGGAUGUUUAUGAGGAUCAUUUGGAGGAACUGAGCUCAGAACCGCGAACAAUGUUCAAUCUCCUCGCGAAGAAACUGGACGAAGAAGAGGAACUGAUAAUGUCCUUGACCGAGCUGCAAGGACCUCUUCAAAUGAUUUUGUCCGGCGCGGAAGCGAUCACUUCACUCACGACGAUCGAGCCCCCAAGUCUGGAACCCUCGACUGCUGCCCAAAAGAACCUUGUUCUAAGUAUAGCUUAAUUAAAACUUAAAUCUAGAAGAAGAAAAAGAAAAAGGCUUGUAAAUAUAUUUUUUAAAUAUAAAACUUUAAUUAAACGU